GAAGCGGCACCACGCUCUUCCUCACGGCCGGGAAAUCUGAGCCCGGCGCGGAGCCCACGUGGGCUCGGCUGUGCAAGGGUUAAACGCAGCUGCUCGUCCGGGUCUCGGGGGCCUCCCACUCGGCAGGCAGGGUAUGAAUAGCUGCGCUCCCCUCUGCUCGCCGGCACUCUCUGCUUCCCUCCCCGCCUUCCCCUCCUCAUCCUCCCACGAUGGCCAUGCUGAGCGCGGAGAGUUUGGCGGCGCCCAGAGCCCUGGGAGAGGAAUCGCUGCAGAUGUGGGACCUCAACAAGCGCCUGGAGGCCUACCUGGCCCGCGUGAAGUUCCUGGAGGAGGAGAACGAGGUGCUGCGAGCCGAAAUCCAGAGCAGCAAGAGCGGCCGGGCGGGGGAAUCGUGGAGGGCCAAGUACGAGGAGGAGCUGCGAGCGCUGCGGGAUGCGCUGGAUGUCGCCUUCAGGGACAAAUGCACGGCCGAGCUGGCCAGGGACAACCUCUACGAGGAGGUGCAGCAGGUGAGGAGCAGGUGCCAGAAGGAGCAGGCAGCCCGAGAAGCAGCCAAGAAGGAGCUGUCCUUGAGCAGGAAGGAGCUGGAGGAGGAGAGGAGAGCGCAGAUCUGGCUCAAGGAGAGAGCGGCGCAGCUGGAGAAGGAGGUGCAAGCCCUGCUGGAGGUGCACGAGGAGGAGAAAGCGGGGCUGGACCAGGAGAUCGCCACUUUCUCGCACAGCCUGGAGAGUUUCCGCUGUGCCCCCGUGGCCCUGCAGCCCGUGGAGGUGGAGGAUUACUCCAAGAGGCUCUCGGAGAUCUGGAAAGGGGCGGUGGAGACCUACAAGGCAGAGGUGGCUCAGCUGGAAGGUUCCCUGUGCCAGGCCAAGGAGAACCUGUGGAAGGCGGUGGAGGACAACCAGCAGAGCCAGCUGCAGCUGCAGCACCUGGAGAAGGACCUGGCGGGGCUCAAAGCUCGCAAGGAGAUGCUGGAGGAGAGCCUGGCCCGGCAGUGGCAGGAGCAGCGCGGGGAGGCGGAAAAGUUCCAGCUGGCCAUGGAGGCCCUGGAGCAGGAGCAGCAGAGCCUGCGGGCGCAGAUCGCGCGGGUGCUGGAGGACAGGCAGCAGCUGAUGCACCUCAAGAUGUCCCUGAGCCUGGAAGUGGCGACCUACAGGACCCUGCUGGAAGCCGAGAGCAGCCGCCUGCAGGUGCCCGCCGGGGAAUUCAGGGUGACAAACGGGCUGAGAGAUCUCAAACUGGAGCUGGGCAGCAGCAAAGCAUCGCCAGCGAGCCCCGAGGCCAGGCGGGUGCUGCCCUGCACCCCCUUGCCCAGGGUGACCAAACACCCCCAAAGUGCCACCCUGACACCCCAAAGCGCCAGGGAGCUCCAGAAAAUCACCCCAGCCCUCCGUGGCAGUGCCGCCAGCAGGGUUGGGGGGCUGGGGGCUCUCCCACCCAGCCCGCCCCAGGCAGGCAGAGCCUCCCUCGCCCUCUCCCCCGAGCAGGAGAGCUGUGGGGUGGAAGGCCCAGCCUGGCCAGGAGGAGAUGAGGCAGCAAUGAGCCCAGGGAUGGAGUGUGCCCUGCCCAGAGCCUCUGGGGACAGUGGCAGUGCCAGCCUGCAGCCCCUGGGAGAUGCCCACAGACUGCAGUACCCGGCCCAGCUGGUCAGCGAGGCGCUGGAGGACGCCCUCAAGGAGAUGGGAGAUGAUGCCCAGCCCCAAGAGGAGCCCACGCCCAGCUCCACGUGGGAUGUCCGUGCUCCCAGCCCCGUUUUCCCCACCAAGGCUGUGCCAGAGGGGCCUGGGGAAGGGCAGGAGGGAUGUGAGGAUGAGGAGAAGGUUGGGGAGGUGAUGCUCCAGGGGCUGGCGAAGGAGAGCAGCACCCUGCAGGACACAGCUCCAUCCCCACCAAGCGUGGACCCUCCCUUGGGGAGCCAGGAAGAUCUGGGAGCAUGGGAGGAAGAGGAAGAGGAGGAAGAGGAGGAAGAGGUCCCUGCUGUGCUGAGCCCAAGGGAUGCAGAAAUGGAGGCCCAGGAAGGGGAUGAGGACCUGCCUGGGCAGCCAGAGAGCAGCUGGGAAAAGCCAGAGGAGCAAAGGACACAAACCCCCAGCACGGAGCCUUCACACCCCUCCGAGGAUGAGGAGGAGGAGCAGGGAGAUGUCCAGCAGGAAGGAACAGAUGGGCAAGAGGAGAAAUGUCCCCACAGAGAAGUGGAGAAAUGUCCCCACAGAGAAGUGGAGAAAUGUCCCCACAGAGAAGUGGAGAAAUGUCCCCACAGAGAAGUGGAGAAAUGUCCCCACAGAGAAGUGGAAGCUGCUGGUGCUGUCCUCGUUCAAAGCCACCAGGCUCUGCCCACAGAAGGUCACCUGGAGCAGGACUUUGCUGAUGCGGGGCAGGAAAGGGCUGAGCAGCACAAAAUGCCCAGGUGUGAGGUGGACCUGGCUGCAGAGCAGGGAAGGGAGCAGGAGCUGUGCCCGGAGCAGGAGCCCUCGGGUGCCCCUGAGGCCAUCCCAGCAGAGGAGCCUCCCACGGGAGCUGGAGGAGAUGCUGGGGCAGGGGAGGGGGAGAAGGCAGAGGCCAGCAGGGAGCUGCUGGGAGAGGAGGAUCACGGGGUGGGACAGGACCCCAUGGCAGGAGAAGACCUUGGGGCAGGAGAAGGCUCUGAGGCAGGAGAAGAUCUUGGGGCAGGAGACCAUGAGGCAGGAGAAGAUCUUGGAGCAGAAUAUCUUGGGGCAGGAGAAGGCUCUGGGACAGGAGAAGAUCUUGGGGCAGGAGAAGACCGUGGAGCAGGAGAAGAUCUUGGGGCAGGAGAAGAUCUUGGGGCAGGAGAAGGCUCCAAGUUAGGAGAAUGCUCUGAGGCAGGAGAAGAUCUUGGGGCAGAAUUUCUUGGGGCAGGAGAAGAUCUUGGGGAAGGAGAAGGUUCCAAGUUAGGAGAAGACCAUGGGGCAGGAGACCAUGAGGUAGGAGAAGAUCUUGAGGCAGAAUAUCUUGGGGCAGGAGAAGACUCUGGGACAGGAGAAGAUUUUGGGGCAGGAGAAGUUCUUGGGGCAGAAGAUCUUGGGGCAGGAGAAGGCUCUGAGGCAGAAGUUCUUGGGGCAGGAGACCAUGAGGCACGAGAAGACUCCAAGCCAGGAGAAGAGCAUGGGGUAGGAGAAGAUCUUGGGGCAGGAGAAGGCUCCAGGUUAGGAGAAUGCUCUGAGGCAGGAGAAGAUCUCGGGGCAGAAUUUCUUGGGGCAGGAGAAGAUCUUGGGGCAGGAGAAGGCUCCAAGAUAGGAGAAGACCAUGGGGCAGGAGAAGACCAUGGGGCAGGAGACCAUGAGGCAGGAGAAGAUCUUGGGGCAGAAUUUCUUGGGGCAGGAGAAGAUCUUGGGGAAGGAGAAGGUUCCAAGUUAGGAGAAGACCGUGGGGCAGGAGAAGACCAUGGGGCAGGAGAAGACCAUGGGGCAGGAGAGGCAGGUGAGACCCUGGAGGGGGACAGCAGAGCCCCAGAGGAGCCUGAGGAGCUGCAGGAAGGAGAGGAGGAGGAACAGGAGGGGCUGGAGCCAGCAGAGGAGCCCUGGGCACAGGAGGGUGACCAUGGCAGUGCCCAAGAGCCCUGGGAGGUGACAGCAGGGGACACGGAGGGACCAGGACAGCCAGCCUGGGCGGGUGCCACGCUGGAAAGGGAGCAGAGAGGUGGCACAGGGCCAGCAGAGCUGGAGGAGGCCCAGGAGGAUGACGAAGGAGAUGCCAGGAGGCAGGAGAUGAGGCAGCAGCAGGCGCUGGCACAGGCUGAGCUGGCACAGCUGGGCAGCGUGGCACAGCCUGUGCCAACCUCUCCUGGUGCCCCUGGGCACAGCCAGGAGCUGGCAGAGGCUCCAGGGGAGCUGGGGCAGGUGCCAGGUGCCAGCACUGAGUGGGCAUUAGAGGGGACCCCCAGAGACACGGAGCUGGCAGAGCUGGAGGGCUCAGAGCUGGUGGCACCUGGGCAGGUGCCAGGUGAGAACAGCGAGUGGGCAUUGGAGGAAGCCACCAGAGAUCCAGAGCUGGUGGCACUGGGGCAAGUGCCAGGUGCCAGCGCUGAGUGGGCAUUAGAGGAGACCCCCAGAGACACAGAGCCCCCAGAAUUGGAGAGCUCAGGGCUGGUGGCACCGGGGCAAAUGCCAGGUGAGUGGGCAUUGGAGGAAACCACCAGAGACACAGAACCCCCAGAAUUGGAGAGCUCAGGGCUGGUGGCACCGGGACAGGUGCCAGGUGCCAGUGCUGAGUGGGCACUGGAGGAAACCCCCAGAGACACAGAACCCACACAACUGGAGAGCUCAGGGCUGGUGCCAGGUGAGUGGGCAUUAGAGGAGACCCCCAGAGACACAGAACCCACACAACUGGAGAGCUCAGAGCUGGUGGCACCUGGGCAGGUGCCAGGUGAGAACAAUGAGUGGGCACUGGAGGAGACCCCCAGAGACACAGAACCCCCAGAAUUGGAGAGCUCAGGGCUGGUGGCACCGGGGCAGGUGCCAGGUGAGUGGGCACUGGAGGAGACCCCAAGGAGCCCAGAGCUGGCAGUGGGCACGGGCAGGAGGGUGGAGCUGGAGGACACCCUGCCCGACAGCACCCCCCUGCACCUCUACCAGCAGGAGAUGCCAAUGGGCACACCCAGCCCAGACCCUCCAGAGGGCAAGGACACCACGGGCACAGCUCCUGUGUGUGCCACAGCCCAGCAGGGCCAAGGGAGGCACCGGCCACCAGCUGCCAGCGCGCCAGAGGAGGAGGAAGAGGAGGGUGAUGAAGAGGAGGAAGGCUAUUUCAUGGUCUCUGCUCCCGGCCAAGAGGUGUCCAGCUCAGAGGAAGCCGAGAUCCCGGAGGACUUUGAAGAAAUUCAAGUGGACACAGCUGAAGGCGGCCAAGAUGGUCUGGGGGCUCCUGGGGAAGCAUCUGCAGGGCCAGAGGAGGGCACAGAGCACCUGGAGCUGCUGGCUGCAGGAGCAGAUGAGGGUAUGGAGGUGCCCACUGAGGUGCCCGAGGAUGAGGAGGGCACUGCUGAGCUGGAGGAAGGCCCAGAAGAAGAUCCAAACUGCCUUGGGGUGGUGAGACCAUCAUCAGGAGGUUCUGGUGAGCCAACCCAGGGUGCCACAGGCUCUGCAGAAGAGCACCCAGAAGAUCCACAUGAGGAGCUCCACAGCACAGCUGAGCUGGAGGAAGGCCCAGAAGAAGACCCCAGCUCUGUGGGGAUGGUGGAACCAUCAUCAGGAGGUUCUGGAGAGCCAACCCAGGGUGCCACAGGCUCUGCAGAAGAGCACCCAGAACAUCUGGCUGCUGAUCUAGAUGAUGGUAUGGAGGUGCCCACUGAGGAACCUGAGGUGCCCGAGGAUGAGGAGGGCACUGCUGAGCUGGAGGAAGGCCCAGAAGAAGACCCCAGCUGCUUUGGGGUGGUGGGACCAUCAUCAGGAGGUUCUGGUGAGCCAACAGCGUGGCAGGGACCAGAGCACCAAGAAGAUCCACAUGAGGAGCUCCACAGCACAGCUGAGCUGGAGGAAGGCCCAGAAGAAGAUCCAAACUGCUUUGGGGUGGUGGGACCAUCAUCACGAGGUUCUGGUGAGCCAACAGCGUGGCAGGGACCAGAGCACCCAGAAGAUCCACAUGAGGAGCUCCACAGCGCAGCUGAGCUGGAAGGGGAUGCCAGGACCCCGGGGCUGGCAGGGCAGGAGCAGGAGGAAGAUGAGGAUGAGGAUGAGCCCAGCACGGCUCCCCACGACCCGAGCAAGGCCAGAGCAGAGCUCCAGGCCCAGGCAGGGCCUGGUGGAGCAGAGCAGCCCCUGGAGGAGCAGCCGGGCACGGAGGAGGAGGGAGCCCUGGGCAGCAGCGGGAGCCUGGGGCAGGGAGGUUCUCCAGAGGUGACCCCAGACAUCCCUGACACAGCCCAGCUGCCCGUGGACAUCGUGGAAGCCUCGGGGAUUCUGGAGAUCGUUGAGCAGGCGCUGGAGCUCAACCAGGAGCUGAUGGGGGAGAGGCUGGCAGAGGCUGGGCAGGGUCCUGGCACGAGAGAGCUGUCCUGGGAUGGAGGAGAACGCCCUGAACCCUCCUGGGAUGGAGGAGAACGCUCUGAACCCUCCUGGGAUGGAGGAGAACGCCCUGAGCCCUCCUGGGAUGGAGGAGAACGCCCUGAACCAUCCCGGGAUGGAGGAGAACGCCCUGAACCAUCCCGGGAUGCAGAAGAAGACCCUGAGGUGUCCUGGGAUGCAGAAGAAGACUCCAAACUCUCCCGGGAUGCAGAAGAAGGCUCUCAGCUCUCCCGGGAUGCAGAGGAAGGCUCCAAACUCUCCCAGGAUGCAGAGGAAGACUCUGAGCUCUACCAGGGUGAAGGAGAACACCCCAAGCUCUCCCAGGAUGCAGAAGAAGACUCUCAGCUCUCCCAGGAUGCAGAGGAACACCCCGAGUUCUCACAGGAUGCAGAGGAACACCCCGAGCUCCCCUGGGAUGCAGAAGAAGACUCCAAACUCUCUCAAGAUGCAGAGGAAGACCCCGAGAUGUCCCGAGAUGAGGAGGAAGGCUCAGAGCUGUCCCGGGAUGCAGGAAAACACCCCGAGCUGUCCCGGGAUGCAGAAGAAGGCUCCAAACUCUCCCGGCAUGCAGAGGAACACCCCAAACUCCCCAGGGAUGCAGAGGAAGACCCCGAGUUCUCCCAGGAUGCAGAGGAACACCCCAAACUGCCCCGGGAUGCAGAAGAAGGCUCCAAACUCCCCCGAGAUGCAGAGGAACACCCCGAGCUCCCCCAGGACGCAGAGGAACACCCCAAACUCCCCCGGGAUGCAGAGGAAGACCCCGAGCUGUCCCGGCAUGAGGAGGAAGGCUCCUCCUUGUCCUCCUCCAGCGAGGAGGAGCCCACGGUGCAGGAGGCCCCGGAGGGCGAGCCCCGGGCUCACAACGGGCUGCCCAGCCCGGAGGAGCUGCCCGAGUUCACCGAGGAGCUGCUGAACGGCACCUCCAGCACGGCCCCGGCGCAGGAAACACCCUGGGAGCCCUCGGGGGUGGUGCCAGCGCAGAUAGCCAGCCCUGGGGAUGGCAGUGCCACCAAGCCUCAGGGGGAUGGCAGCCUCAGGGGGAAGCAGCUGAGCCCCGUGUCCCCUGUUCUGGGUGAGGGUGUCCUGAGCCUCGCAGCCCAGCAGCAGCCCUGCUCCUCAGGGGACGAGUGACAGAACCUUCUGGUGGCCCCUUCCUGCCAGGACCCCGUUGUUCCCCCUCAUCCCACCCCUUAUCCCCGUCUCCCCGUGGGUUUUUCACGUGUUUGUGUGGAAUUUUUGCGCCCCUUUAUCAGAGUGAAGAACCGCCAAGUUUUGUUGUCUCACAGCCCACCCAAAUUCUCACGUUUGCUCUGGGAUCCUUGCUUCGUUUUGAGUUUCCUCCUGGGUGGGUUGCCUGCAGGAACCCACCUGCUAUUUAAUUUAAACUCAGUGUUUCCCCAUUCCCUGCAGGAUUCCCUCUCCAAUUCCUCCAGGACGUCCAGCUGGACCUUAGGGACUCCACCAAACUCCCAAACUGCACCCUGGCACUCAGCAUUUUGGGGUACAUCACCCCAGGCUGACCCUGGGUUUUUUACAUGUUUGUGUGGAUUUUUUGCCUUUUCACCCUUUUUCAGCGUGAAGAACCACCAAGUUCUGUUGCACCCUCACGGCCCACCCAAAUUCUCACGUUUGCUCUGGGAUCCUUGCUUCAUUUUGAGUUUCCUCCUGGGUGGGUUGCUGUGCUGUAUUUAAUUUAAACUCUGUGUUUCCUCAUUCCCUGCAAGAUUCCCUCUCCAAUUCCUCCAGGAUGUCCAGCUGGACCUUAGGGACCCCCCCAAACUCCCAAACUGCACCCUGGGACUCGGCAUUUUGGGCUACAUCACCCCAGGCUCGCCAGCCCGACCCUGGGGGCUGAGCCACGCUGGAUGUACCCAAAAUUAAUUUAAUAAAGCCUCAUCCUCCCCUCA